AUGGCUUCGCGGCUACGCCUCAGCUGGACUCUUGCCAUUGUGUUGCUCGUCGCGGUUGUGGGAUUUCCUGCAUCAGUGAUGGGAUACGACACGUCGUUUGACCGAUACUUUCAGUUCGCGCCGUAUUGCAAAGGGCAGUACUACUGCGAGCGCAAGGGCGAUGGAACCGUCGCGAUUUCCGCCCACUGGAACAAAGUCGGAGCCUUUGCCUCGUACGGAAUGUACCAGUACGGCAUAUUCAGCGUGAAGAUGAAGAUGCCGGCCGGCUACUCCGGCGGCAUCAUUCCGUGCUUCUACCUCAUCUCGGGUGGUAGCCCGGGUUACAAGGACAUUCACGACGAGAUCGACUUCGAGAUCCUGGGCGCGGAGAACCCGCGCGAUAUGAUCAUCCACACCAACCUCAUCACGGGCGGCCAGACCAACCUCGAGCAGUUCCGCUUCCCGUUCGACCCGUCGGCGGACUUCCACACGUACACGAUCAUCUACUCGCCGCGCUUCAUCGUGUGGCGGAUCGACAACACGCCCAUCCGCGUCACCCUCAAGACCCCCGGCAGACCCUUCCCCUCCGAGCCCGUUCAAGUCAAGGCAUCCAUCUGGGACGCGUCGAGCUGGAGUCCAUUGAAGCCCGACUGGAACAAGGGCAAGGUGACGGCCGAAUUCAAGAAUUUCGACCUGAGCAUGGCAUGCGCCGUUCCGCCCACGGGCAAGCGCCCCGCAUGCGCGGAUGAGACGAACAGGCAGAAGGCGCCGUGGCUGUACAACCUUGGGCCCAGGCAGCUCAUCAAUCAAAUCGAGAAUCGUGCUCGCGCGCGCGGCAUUUUUCGAGCUUCCGCGCGCCCCUUCCUUGCCUCCCCUGCUUCGCUCCCCCCAUUUCCUCCUUCUUUCCCCCCAUUCCGCCCAUCCCUUCCGCCCCCUCCACCUUGCACCCUGCCUUCCCCCUCCACCCCGCCCGUUGGCCACUGCAAGAGUCAGCAGCAGAUGCCGCUGCAAAGCUCGUCGUUUCCUCCCCAAUGUGUGGCGCGGGGAGGAGGGAGAGCUGAAAUCCUCGUCCUAGUAUUAUCCAAGUCGAUGAGUCCCAGACCUAGUCCCGACAGCGACCCGCCGCAGCCGCGAACGGGCCUGACGUCUCCAAUCACAUCCGCGUUCGCCGGCGGAUCGAACGCGAGCGCCGAUGCAUCUUUCUACGCCACUUCUGGUAGUGCUGCUGCCGCCAAUCUGUCUUGGAGCGCUCCCAGGCGCGCCGAUAGGGUGGGGAAAGGCGCCAAAGGCGGGCCGGAGAACGCGCUGCACGGCUUUCGCGGAGUGCGGCAGCGCAGUUGGGGGAAGUGGGUGGCGGAGAUCCGCGCGCCGCGCAGCAAGAAGCGCAUCUGGCUGGGAUCGUUUGCAGACGCGCGGACUGCUGCGCUGACGUACGACCGCGCAGCGUGGAAGUUGUACGGGCCGCGCGCGCAGCUCAACUUCUUCGACGGGGCGGCAGUUUCGGCGCCCGCCAGCAGCCACCCUCACGGCGCAAGCUUGCGCGCCGCCGACGCCCGCAGCGGCUUGAUCAGCAGCGGAAGCGGCAGCGGCGGGAGUGCCGCGAGCGACAGCGAAGGCGGCGCUUUUGCAGGCGUGAUUAACGGCGGCGUUGGAGGCGGAGAGAGAACGAGCCGCUCCGUCGAAACGCCUGCGCAUGUACCGCGCUGCGCGUCGAGCGACGACGCGACGCCUCUGUCACUGGCGAGGUUCGCGUUCACCGGCGGCGCGCCGUUUCUAACGCGAGACUCCAACCCAGCGGAGAGCACCGUUAGUGCAGCCAUGGCGGCGGCCUCCCGAACCGCGUCGCUCAACGCAGAAACUCUCGCUGCAGCGCGAUGUGACUACAUCGAUGCCCUGCCACUGCCCAGCAUGACCUUCCAAGAAAUCUUUAACCGCUCGUGUCCGCCGCUCACCGCGCCCGCCGCGGCGUCUACCUCGGUAUCCGCGCUCGGCGCGCGCGCCCCGUCAGCGGAGAAGCGCGGGAUGUGGCAGGGGCCGGUUGAGUCGUUCCGCGCGCCCGCGGCGAGCAGCGCGGGGCGCGUCGACCCGUCGGCGGAGAGCGGGCAACUGAAGCGCGGGGAGCAGCAGCAGGCUGAGGAGUCUAUGGCUGGCUCCGGUUUUGAGUCGACUCAGAAGGAGGCCGCGGCGUGCUCUGGCUGGAGUCAUGGCGGUGGCAUUGCUACGCACAGCAUUGUGAAUUGGAAUCGGAACAACCAGGAUCGUGACUUGAGUCAGGGAGUUUCCGCUGGCCUGGGAAGCGAGGGGGCGAGCAUGCGUUUUCCUCCGUGCCCCGCUGUUUUGCCCGCCCAGCUGAGUCAGCAACCCGCUUUGACGGUGCGUGGGGGGCUUGUUCCGUACGGCAGCAUUUUUGCAAGCCCCCCGGUCAUGUCAGUGGGCGGCAUGCACACACCUGGCAUGGCAGUGCCGUGGGGGUGUGGCGGAGCAGUCUCGUGGGUGCAUGAGAGAACGAUGGUGCAGCAAGGGGCGAUGGCUCAAGAGGGAGUGAUGGCGCAGGAUGGAGCGAUAGUGCAGGCGCUGAGGGAGAGCAGAGCGCAGCUGAUUCGGGAGCAGAUGGGCGGCAGUGGUGGCGCCGUGUCUGCUGGGAACGCUUGGAUUGCUAGCAAUGCUUGGACUGCUGGCAGUGCUGGUGCUGGGGUGCAGGAGGGGGCGAUGGUGCAGGCGCUGAGGGAGAGCAGGGCGCAGCUGGUGCGGGAACAGAUGGGCAGCAUUGGUAGCGCUGUGUCUGCUGGGAACGUUUGGGCUGCUGAGACUGGUGGUGCUGAGACUGAUAGCGCUGUGACUGCUGGGGCUGCUGGGUGUGCUGGUGCAGGGGUGUGGAGUGGUAGGUGCACGGAUGGGGCAGAUGCAGUGCAGGGUGGGGGAGCAGGCAUGGAGCAUGGUGAGCUGGACGCAGCAGCCAUAGAGCGCAUGCUGCAGCUCUCAGAAGACCUGCUCGGUCCAGAGGACCCCCCUCCUCAUGGCCAACACAUCCCCCUUGGACACAGGGACCCUCCCCCUCAUGGUGCCAAUGCCCCUCAUGGCCGUGUGGUCACUCACGCCUCUGAUGCGGCUGCAUUGGAGGAAACCAGUGCGGUGCUGGCAUACGGUGAUUACCAGUGUCUGGCCACCGGACUGCCUCAUGCCAUGCCGAGCUCCAAGCCUACUGCCGUGCCCCACUCGUGCUCCCUGCAUGUCUCUCUGCCUGGCUCUGUGCCGCACGCUGCUGCUGCUGUUGCUGCUUGUGAGCCUGUGUGCGGCCUUGCUGACCUGGUAACACCUGUGUCCCCCUCCCCCUUGUGCAUGGGAGGGGAGCUAACAGUGCCUGGCAGCCAUUGCAUGCUGCCACCUGCAGUGCACAUGGCACCAUGUGAGCCGGCAUCGAGUGCUGUCAAUGCUCUCACCAUUGACGUUGCCCAGGAAGACCAGCCGCCGUGUUUUGAGGAACUGCUGUCCCCCAUGUCUAGGCUCUGGUAG